GCAGAAAACGAAGACGACAUAGUCCGCCGGGACUCCCUCCACGCCAUCAUCAACAACCUCCCGGAUCCCAACUACGCCACGCUACGCGCUGUCACCCUGCACCUACACCGCGUCAUCGAGAACUCAUCGACCAACCGUAUGAGCUCGCAGAACCUUGCUAUUGUGUUUGGACCUACGCUUAUGGGUACUGCGCCGGGGUCGAAUAUCUCGGAUGCCGGGUGGCAGGUGAGGGCGGUGGAUACGAUUUUGCAGAAUACGUAUCAGAUUUUUGAUGAUGAUGAUUAG